AUGUGCACAUCGAUGCGGCGGUGCCCCCCCAGCAUGCAGGAGAAGAUGCGCUGGCUGCGAAGAGACUGUAAUCGAAGCAACUUCAGCUAUGCGGAUGUGUGCUGUGGAAACUUUCAAUAUCAUUUUCUUUCCCUGUGGCCCUCGGAGCCAGUGGACCAUUUGUUGGCAAGAUAUGACUUUAUUUUUAUCACCGAGCGCUUUGAUGAUUCUUUGCUGGCGUUCCGCUCUCAGUGGAACCUGACCUUCGCGCAGUUGUUGCAUGUGCGCUUGAAAUCCUCUGACCGACGACAGGUUUGCGCCUUCCGGUCGCGGAAAGGCUUUGUGGUGAAGAAGGAGAACGGCGAGGCGUUGACCAAGGCGAAGACGGAUCGACGCUUCCUGGGCAGCAACUGGGCCGAUCUCUAUUUGUGGCAGGAGGCCAAUGCUCGGCUGGACAACUUGCUCUCUGGCUAUGGCAGUGAACAACUCGAGCGAGAUCGGGAAAUGCUGCAGAUCGACAUUGGCUGCGCUCAAGACUGCCUUGACCUGGUGGCUGAGAAGAUUCGUGUUGGCCACGACCGGACUUGGCGCUGUGACUGCCGUGAACCACCCCUCACGCCGCCGGGCCCUCCUCCUGCAGUUUGCCGACAUACACCUCCGACCCUCGUGACCGCCUGGGUGCGUGCGGAUUUGACGCUCCGCGACGCGAGCGGCGGCACGGCACUGCACGCCGCAGCAUUGAUGGGGCACAUGGACGUGGUGGAGCUUCUCCUCGAGAAUGGCGCACCCCCCGAGGAGGAGGACCUCUCUGGCUCGACGGCCUUGAUGGUGGCGGCCCGCAAUCGCAAAGUGCGCAUAGUGAAGGCCAUUGUCAAUUGGACCGUCCCGCCCGAGCGGUUGGAGAUGCUUCAGGAGGCUGAAAAGUUUGACAACAAGUUCAACAUCCUGAAGAACUUGGAGCUGCUGCGCGUGGUGGGGGCCAACGACCGUACGGCGGUGAUACAGCUGGUCACUGUGGGGGAUGGGGUGGGCACCAAUCUGGCAGACAUCAACUUCCAGGAUGCCCAGGGCCGACAGGCCUACCACAUCGCGAUCCUUUGCAUCGGUGAUGAGGAGGAGAGCUGUUCCAUGCUGCGGACCUUGUUCUUGCUAAAGGGGCAGAUCAAUGGCCAAGACUUUCUGGGUCAAACGCCUCUUCACUUGGCGGCGCGCAUCGGCCACUCGGCCGUCGCCAGCGAGCAAUCGACGUCGGCGAAGGAAGACCACUCGACGAAGUACCGGGAUCGGAUGGGGGAGGGAUCGAAGGGUGGAACCGCUGUGGAACUCAAGGGAUCCACGGUUAAAAUGUUGCAACAGGCGCACCCUGGCCUCAAGGACAAGCGUGGUCGCACGCCUCUCAUGGUGGCCGCGGCCGCCAACCUGGAUGAUCUUCGCGCACCUCCGCCGGGGGUCCCGGAAGGUUUCCGCAAGGCGAUCGCGGAAGGCUUGGAGACUCCUGAAGUCUUCGAGUGCUUGGCUCAAUGCGAGAUGAUGUUGGACACCUUGAGCUCGUCCCAGCGCGCCGUGGUCGCCGCCCAGGAAGCCCUCCAGCGCCUGGGAGCCGAGGAGGCACCUGGGAGGCUGAGCUGGGUCGAUGCUACGCUGACCUUGGCGCGUGCAUUGAGAUGCAAUUUUGACCUCCCUGCUGCGGUCGAUGCGUACCACGCUGCCGUGCGUUUGGGUGCCUCUGCGCCGGCAGAGCUCCAGAGCGCCGAGGAGGAGCUGCUGGAGCACCGGCGGCGCCUCAAGCGUUUGCCCUCCAUGGAGGGAUGGCACCGCCGCUUCCAGCGACAAAUCGACCGUGCCAAGCGACUGCGGAGACCGGAGUGGAGUGCUGAGAAGUGGAGAUCAAACAACCUGGCCGCUAUGGACCUGACCCAGAUCUUCGGCAGAGGCAAGGGAAACAUCACACGGGUGACUGGUAGCGCAGACUUUGGAGCUUUGUACCAGGGCACCUCUACACCUGUUGUUCUUGUUGGGGCUAUGCAUGGCUGGGCGGCCAUGAAGUCGUGGAGCAUGGAGCGCUUCACCGAAGACUUUGGGCAUCAGAAGAUGAUUUGCGAUUGGUGCUUCGGCCUCCGUUUGAGGCUCAACGACUUUGCGGAGUAUGCGGCAACACAAGCAGACGAUGACCCACUGUACUUGUUCGACCAUCUCUUUGGAGAAUAUCCAGCUACAAAGAGCUUGCUGGAUGAGUACCAGGUGCCAAGCGUUUUUGGAGAGGACCUUCUAGCAGGUCUUGGAUCUCUUCGACCACCCUAUCGUUGGCUGCUGGUGGGCCCCCGACGAUCUGGCAGCAAAGUGCAUCAGGAUCCCUUGGGAACCAGUGCCUGGAAUGCAUUGAUCUCUGGCAGAAAGUUAUGGGUGCUUUUCCCUCCCAAAACACCCGCCGAGAAGUUGAGGCCGGAGUCCAACGAGUUGAAGGAGUUGGACUCGGCGGCGGGGUGGUUCCUGGGCUGGUGGCAGAAGGCACGAGAAGAAGAGUGGCCCAAAGAGUUUCAACCCAUCGAGCGCCUUGGUGUCGUUUGGGUGCAUCCAGUGGCUGCUUUUGUGAUUUUUUACUCACACCGACAAGGAUACGAUUGCAGUCACCCAGAAUUUCUGCAGCAAAUGGAACGCAAGCGAGGUUUGGAGGUGCACCACUGCGACGCAUCCGGUGCUCGCGCGCCAGCUGCGGCCACUCCUUGA